UGCACAUUCGAGUAGUAUGGAAGCCUCGUCAACAUAGAAACACAAAUUUACUGACAGUCUCUUUUAAUUUUUAGCCAACACUAAUUUAGUUUUUGUAAAAUUAGCGUACAACAUUUCUGAAUAAGACUACAUCCAGUCCAGCCUAGCACUGGUGAAUCGUUUGUUUUCAAUUAGGUAUGGCAUUUUAUAUGACACAUAAAAAGACCUUUAAUUUAUAAAUAUGCCCCUUUUUAGCAUCAUUGUAUUUCCGAGUUUAUUUCUCAAGCCUUCUGCUGCUCAUCUCAGAGGGCGAAAAGCUCAUCUGUCGUGGAGUUCCUGAAGGCAGCAGCGGGCUGUCAGCUGUGGAGAGGGAAGGUGUGUUUAGUUGGAGUGGGGUUUCGGAAGCGCUGUUUCUUCUCACUCUCACGGGCGCGUUGCCUCGCCUAUUGUUAAAUCCAACUCGUGAAUUUACCCUUUCCCUCAUUUUUAAUCGGAUACACGUAAGAAGGAAAAAGAAACGUUUAUGGUCCUGGCUGAAGAUUUCACGAUGUCUCGCACCGACGAGGUUCACCGCAUGACGGAAAAUGUCUAUAAGACUAUCAUGGAGCAGUUCAACCCCUGCUUACGGAACUUCGUUGCCAUGGGGAAGAACUAUGAGAAGGCCCUUGCCAAUGUGACGUUUGCGGCCAAAGGCUACUUUGAUGCUCUGGUGAGAAUGGGUGAACUUGCCAGUGAAAGUCAAGGAUCCAAAGAUUUGGGGGAUGUGCUGUUCCAGAUGGCAGAGGUCCACAGACAGAUCCAAGUGCAACUAGAGGAGAUGUUGAAAUCCUUCCACAACGAGCUGCUCUCUGAGCUGGAGAAGAAGGUGGACCUGGAUUCUCGUUAUCUGACUGCUGCCCUGAAGAAAUACCAGUUGGAACACAAGAACAAAGGGGAAAGUCUGGAGAAGUGCCAGGCCGAACUGAAGAAGCUGCGCAGGAAGAGCCAGGGCAGCAAGAACCCCUCCAAGUACGGAGAGAAGGAGAUGCAGUUUGUGGAUACCAUCAGCAGUAAGCAGACGGAGCUAGACACCUUCAUCGCUGAGGGAUACAAGACAGCCUUGUCUGAGGAGCGCCGCAGAUACUGCUUCCUGGUUGACCGCCAGUGUGCCGUGGCCAAGAACAGCAGCGCCUACCAUGGCAAGGGUAAAGACCUCCUGACCCAGAAGAUCCCAGUGUGGCAACAGGCCUGCUCAGACCCCAACAAGCUGCCAGAGAGGGCCAUGCUCCUGGCCCAGCAGAUGGGCUCUGCAGGCCUUGGGGGAGCAAGCCCCCUCCAUACUUCCAAAUCCAACUUGGUCAUCUCAGACCCUAUCCCCGGGGCCACGCCUCUUCCUGUGCCCCCAGAGCUGGCUGUUUUUAUGAGUGGUGGCCUGGGUCACCAAGCGAGGCUGAUUGGCCCUGAUGGUAUGUCCAUGGUAAAUGGGACAACAGGAGCCCAUGGGGAGGAAUAUUGGACUGACGGAGGGGACUAUAUCCGUCCCAAGUCAGGCCGGCAUCCCCCCAGACCCAGCCACCCGGGCCAGGCCCAGGCCCAGCCCCAGAGACAGGUCAGCGAUGUCUACUCCAACACCCUUCCUGUCCGUAGGCCAGCCCCCGCCAAGAAUAAGAACCCCGUGGGAGAGACACGGACUCUGCCCAGGUCCAGUUCCAUGGCAGCAGGCCUGGAAAAGAACGGGCGUUCCCGUGUCCAGGCCAUCUUCUCCCACGCUGCAGGUGACAACGGCACCCUGCUCAGUUUCUCUGAGGGAGACGUCAUCACCCUGCUAGUGCCUGAGGCCCGCGAUGGCUGGCACUGAGAGAAUGAGAAGAACAAGAUGCGUGGCUGGUUUCCAUUCUCCUACACACGUGUGCUGCCUGAAAGUGACAGUGAGAAGCUCAAAGUGAACUUGCACCAUGGGAAAAGUAGCAGCACAGGGAACUUGUUGGAGAGUGAUGCAUCGCUGCCCACACCGGACUAUGGCCUGACUGCCCGACUGCUUGCAAGAGGCCUCGCUCAGACCCGCCCGCGCCCCUACAGCAUGGCAGCCUUCGGCACACAGCCUGCCAUUGAGGAUUAUGACGGCCGCUUUGCCCACAAGGUAAGUGCUGUUUCUACCUUGCCUUCUUAGUAAUGACUAAUAUGACUGCUGCUAGCAUCUGAAUUAUUUCAUUUGGAUAGCUUUGGAAGAAGUGACUAUCAGAAGAAGAGAAGCAGACCCUUAAAUAAAUAACAUUUCACCUGAGUAACUGCAUGCUGGAACACUCAAGAGACAGCAAGGCAACUGCUUAACAUACUGUAGCCAGAUCAAAUGAAAUGCUACAUAAACAAUCAACCACAUUAGUGUACAUUACAAUUAUUCGAUUUUUUUUUUUUCAGUAUUUGUGUCAAUCACAAUUUCUUUGGAUCCAUCUUUAGAUUCCUUCCUGUUUUGUCUGGCCAACAGUCCAAACCCUAAAUACAGAUCCAGAACAAGAGACAAAUGAUUGGACAGAGACAGAAAUUAGUAGAAUUGUUAUCAAAAUUGUUCGCUAUUUCUUUUUUUAGAGUUGUAUAUUUAAUUUGUUGUCUAAGAAUUUCAAAGCUAAUGGGGAAUAUAGUUGGGAUCUGGAUUUUGGUGUAGCGUUAACAUCCCCACCUCAUGGGAUCUAUCUGUCUUCUUUUCGUUCCUCCUUUCUUAUGUUCACCUUGACUUAUAUUUUAAAUAUCUCUUUAAAGCAAUAAUUGCACUCUAGGGGAACCAGUGUCUUAGUUUAUUGCCAGAGUACUCGUGGCUCAGUAUAUUUUCACCGUUAUCCUAUCAAAUCCUUGCUGACUCACCAGAGUUGUGACUUUUUUGUUUCUGUCCAAUCAGGGAGUACAUCUUUGUGUACACGUAUAUAAAUGUGUGUGUGUGUGUGUGUGUGUGUGUGAGAGAGAGAGAAAGAAAGAAAUCGCCAAUGUGCAAUCAUAUUGGUGUUUGUUGGAGUACAUGUUGUGACAGUAGACUUCAUGCUGAUCUCAUCUCAGCCAUCACUGCUUGUCAGCCUGGGCUUUUCGGCCCCAGUGUCAAGCUGUUAUACAUACUCUUGUCUGCUCUGAAUGUGUUUUUGGUAUCAGUAUUGUGAGACAUCACUGUGCUGCAGGGUGUAUUCACCCCACCAGACUAAUAUAACAUACGUCCCUUCAGCUAAGGUGAUGACUUGGAUUUUCUCAUCAACACACAGUAGUACUUUUCAGUGACAAAUAUUCACUAAACUGCAUGAAAUGGGCAGUAAUCUCAAAACCAGCGUAACAUAUCUGGAUUCAAAUUUGUUGAUGAGGAAAUGUGGAAGUUAAUCUUCCUGAUCAUGGUAGGGGUGUUUGGAAGGCAGUAGGUGUAGGUGGGGGCAAAGUAGAUUUCCAAACCCCACCUAUACCAACACUCUACCCUGUCUCCUUGUACCUGUCUUGUCUUUCUCCAUUUUCCCUCUGAGUGUGUCCGACCUGGCAAGCUUCCUUCCUCUCUUUGUUCCACAGUGACAGUCCUGAUGGCAAUUGAUUUCGACUGUGUGAGAACAGACAUACAGACAGACACAGACAGCUCCGGAUAGCACAGGGGGCCUCUUCCUCCCCAUCUUUCCCUCCUCUUAGCCUCCCUCCUGUCCACUUGUCUCCACCUCUACCUCCACACACGCCCCUUCUCCAAGUGGAAGAGGCCAGUUUCAUCCCUCCUUUCUGUCCUCUCUUCCUCCUCGGGUCCCUCCUUUCUUCCUCCGUCCGUCCCGGGUGCUGCUGCUGGUGAUGUUGGUGUGGACAGUAGCGGUUGGUGGGUGGAGGAUUGCGUUGAGCGAGAGAGCCCGAGCGGUGGCCCACCUGCUCGGCAUGCAGCGAUAUGGACUCUGAAUACUCUAUCUCUGAUCACAGUCCACCAUCACGGAUUGAUCUCUCAAGAGACUGCCUUUGCUACUGCUUGUCUUUCAUGCAUGUACAUGGUUGUGUCAUUUGUCAAACUAAAGGACAUGUUCAUGUACUGUACAAGUGCCAAGACUUCAAUGUCGUUGUACUAAAGCCACUGGCUGAAUGGCCUUUUCUAAGCACACAUGGGCCCAGUAUAAUGGAGUUCCCACCCGACAACACUUGCUCAAAAAAUAGCUUUUUACAAAGUAAGGCUGUGCAGCAGAAUAUUUCUGUUGUGAGAGAUCCCGCAGGUGGCGCUGUGCUUCGUUGUGUCAGUGCUAAUUUUCUGUCCAGAGAGCGUGCAUAUUUGCCUUACGUUGCUUCUUUUUUUUCCUAUCUAUAUAUUAUUUCCUUCAGUCCACAUAAUUGCACUGAAAUAUGAUCAUUGCAAAAAACAUGUGUUCAUAUAAAAGAUUUUUUUAAUGGCGACCAUUAGCCCCACAGAAACUUGUUUGCCAUUCUUGGCUGAGCUUACUGCCAGAAAUUUCAAGAAAAAAUAAAAAUGCCUCACUGGUAUUUAUUUUGGAGCUACAGUGAGUUUGGAAGGUCUUUUAUCUUCUGUUGAGUAUCCUCCAUAACAGCUGUGAAUUAGUUUUUAGGUUAAAUGACAACCACGGCUUUUGCAGCUCUCAGUGUUAUUUAUGAUUGUAUUCCCUGAGUGGCUAUGUAGUUUUUGGUCUUUUCUUUUAAAAAGUAUUGUCCUUGUAAAAAAAUAUAUAUUUCGAGAAACUACUGAUUAGUUGAAGUGUUUAUCUUAUGCAUGCUGUGGAGGAAAACCAGAAAAUGUGAUACUGAAAUUGACCUUGAAUGUAUGGUGACUUUUUACAAAGGUAUUCUAAAUAAAACAUAUCUCUAUAUAUUAAUAAACAAUCUGGUCUGACGAGAAAUCUGUUCUGUCAGUGACAAUUACAUUCUCAGUUUUGUAAUUUUUUAAUUUGAAUUUUUUUACAUGUUUCAAAGUAAAUGUUAAAUGUUUUAAUUAAUUUUUUUUUCUUUCAAACCUGCGACAUUUGUGCAAGUCAUUUCAGGCCACAGCUGUGUUCCAAGCAUGCAGUUUCAUCCUAAUCCCGCCCCACAUAACACCUAUAGCCUCUGUAGUGCUCUCUGUGUCACUGUAAAAACUGAAUCAAAAGACUGUCAGUGUGUGUGUGGUGUUGUGUACAAAUUGUGAGUAUGUGAACUCUGCCUGCCUCCCUUUUUUCCCGAUUUUUAGUAUUUUAUUGUAGGUUUAUAGAUGUGAUGAUGCACAGAUUUUUUCACACCCAUAUUCAGAGCAGCAGCCUGUUGAUUGCAUUGGUAGUAAAAUACACCAAGGCGAGCUGCGGGUACUUUUCCUGACAGAGUUUAGCAUAUGAACAUCUAGUAUGUGGCAUGUUUCGCAUGGAAGUAGGUACUUCUGUUUUGCAUCCCUUAUUUUAAUCACAUUUAACAGUUACACUUGUGUCCAUAUUGCAUCUGACUAACCAGCAGUGUCGUUGAAAAAAUGUGACCCAUGCAUGAUCUGAGCAAUGAGCCAUUCAAACCCAAAGGUUCUCUUUACCUUCCAGUUUGGGUCCAGAAUUGUCCCGAUUCUGAGGGAACAGGACCUCCUGAUCGUUCCCUGGAGGUCUACCUCCGGCCCACCUUCACUGAUGACCGAUCCACACCCAUCUUCUACUAGCAGCCUGAUGCCCCCUUUUCUACAAAUGAGCCCUUUUUUAAAGGGGAGAGGGAAAAUGGCCAUCGUUGGCACAUUUGAGUUGAGUUUGUGGUUUUAUCCCUAGAAGGCCAUGAAGUGUGUUACACUGCUAAGAAUUUAGUUUCUUAUCCGUAAAGAUGUGUUGGUUAAUUUCUGGUUUAUCAUCGUAAUUAUUUUUGCUAACUGUUCCACAUAAAUUGAAUGUCUCAGCCUGAACAUCCAAUUGCAAGUGUGAGAGUAAAUGUAUUAGUUUUUUUUUAGAUCAUGCCAGUUGUGGAUAAGGUAUGGCUUAUAGUUUUUUACUAUUAAUGCAGUCACAUAAUUAUUUAUCUGCACUUCAACUAUGGGAUUUCUUUUACACUAUACACUGUAAAUUUCAAUUGAGGAUUAUUUGCAUUUAUGAACAGAUGAGGAACACUGCAUUAGAUUUUGAAGUGGAGCUCGAGGGGAAAUAUGAUUGACAGUUUUAGUGCAUAAUAUGCACUGAAGUGUUGAUUGAUUGGUUACUGUCACAAAUAGCUAGAACUGGUCAGUUGGUAAGUAAACUAUAAUUCUUAUUUUGUUAAGUGAUAUAGUUCUAUAUAUUAACUAGUUGUGAUACAGUAAACCCAUAUGUUCAAUGUGGGAACUGUGCCUUCUAUAAUUUCUUUUAACAUAUGCUUCAUGCAGCAUUAACUAUCGUUAUAUACAAUGAUUUGUAUUACAGUUAAACAUGUGUUUUUCAUAUAUUCUUUAAAAUAUAAACAGGAUUAUCUUCCUUUUUUUGCUUUUAUUGUCAGCUUUGCUAUUUCUUCCCUUCUCUUUAGAAAUGUACUAAUAUCGAAGCUGCCGGAUAGCCAGUGCAUACAUAAUGGGUCUUUUUUUAUAUUUAGCUUUGAGGGAGUGGUAGCUUAAGGUACAGUAUUAUUGUAGCUUUUGAUUGUUCAUUCUCAGUAUUAUACACUCAUCUGGGAGAAAAGCUUAGAGCAGAGAUGUAUCCACAGUAUGAUCUUUGGGCAAAGGAAUGGAACUGGAUUUACUGGAAAGGCAAUAAUGUUCAUGAAUACUUGAGUGAGCUAAAAUGCCUCAGACAUUGCAAACAUUUACAUCAUCAAAAGUACAUUUUCCAUGGAUGACUUACACUGAGGGAUAUGAUCAGCUUUUAUUAACAGCUUAGUUGGGCAGCAAGUUUCAAAUGCAUUUUUUUAAAAACUUUUUAUAUAGCUUUCAUUGUUUUCAUUUCUUACUUUUGUCCCUGUUUGUAUUAUAUCUGUACUGUACAGAAAGUGCAUAUAAAUUAUCUUGUCCAAAAUAAAUCUAAAUGGGCAGAAACGUCA